CGUUCAUUGAGACUUCACUGUGACGUGGGCUGGGAGCUGAAUGGAACAAGCUGUUAUUAUUUUUCCACAUUGAAGUUAUCAUGGAGCCAAAGCAGAAGACAAUGUCAAAAAGCUUCUGGAGACCUGGUGAAGAUCGAGAGCCGAGAGGAGCAGAGGUUCCUGUUUGGUAAAGUGAGACAUCUGAUGUCAGAGGAUGAAGAGAAGUUCUGGAUCGGACUGACAGACUCUGAGACUGAGGGAGAGUGGAAGUGGAUCGAUGGUUCUGCUCUGGACCCAAGUUUGUCUUUUUGGUAUAGAUAUGGGGACAAUAUUCAACCAGACAACUGGGGAAGUCUUUUUUAUCCAGAGGAAGACUGUGGACGGAUCGGGAAGAAAACGGGCUCUGGGUUUGAGGAGAAGUGUUGGUUUGAUCAGCACUGUGGAACAUCCAACAGAUUCAUCUGCGAGAAAACAGCAUCUCCAGAAAGUCCACAGAAAUGACACAGGAAGUGUAGAAAUAUACAUUUAAAGACGCACCAUGUAACUUUUCUGUUGAAGCUAUUUCCUGCUCUAUGUUGUAAUGUUAUUUAUUAAAAUAUAUAUGACAAAAAAAUAA